UUGUUAAGGAAGAAAAAAAAAAAAUCGUCGGUGCUCUCUUUAAUCUUUAUAUCUUUCGUUUUUCAUCUCUCACCCUUCAAACCGCCACAACACAAGAAUCAAAGCCAGGAACCACCACAAUAUAUAUACACAUUCGCAUUAAUACAUUGAUUACAGUCUGCGUGAUUCAUAACUAUUAUUAUUAUUAUUAUUAUUAUUAUUAUUAUUAUUAUUAUUCCAAUUUCCAUUGAUUGAACCAUCAGCUACAUAUAUACACACUCGGAGAAUCAAUUGGUGGAAGCUUGCCUGACUCAUUCACUCAUUCUUCUUCUUCUUCUUCUUCUAGUUUUCACCACCACCUAUGUCUGAAUCUGCUUUACUUGAUGCUGACAACAUCUACCUCGAUGGAAAGGAACAUUAUAUUCGAACUGGCUGUGGUUCUGUGUCUGUCAUGGUAUACGGUGAUCAUGACAAACCAGCCCUGAUCACUUAUCCGGAUUUAGCGCUAAAUUAUAAAUCAUGUUUCCAAGGAUUAUUUUUCUGUCCAGAGGCGGCUUCUUUGCUGCUACACAACUUUUGCAUAUAUCAUAUUAGUCCUCCCGGGCAUGAGUUGGGAGCUGCUGAAAUUAGUUCUGAAGAUCCUAUUCCUUCCGUCGAAGACUUGGCAGAUCAAAUAAUUGAGAUCCUCAACUAUUUCGGGCUUGGUGCAGUGAUGUGUAUGGGAGUAAUGGCUGGUGCUUAUAUCCUUUCCCUAUUUGCAACGAAAUAUAGGGAGCGGGUUCUUGGUUUGAUACUUGUAUCUCCUUUAUGCAAAGCUCCUUCUUGGACUGAAUGGUUUUAUAACAAGGUGAUGUCAAAUUUGUUAUAUUUCUAUGGGGUAUGUGGUUUGUUGAAAGAGUGUCUGCUCCAGAGAUACUUCAGCAAGGAGGUUCGUGGUAAUGCCGAGGUUCCGGAAUCCGAGAUAGUUCAAGCUUGCAAAAGAUUACUGGAUGAUAGAAAAUGCAAAAAUGUCUUAAGGUUCCUUCAUGCAAUUAAUCAGAGGCCUGACAUAACAGAUGGAUUGAAGAGAUUAAAAUGCCGUACACUUAUUUUCGUGGGGGACAGUUCUCCUUUCCAUUCAGAGGCUCUAUAUAUGACUUCAAAACUCGAUAGAAGAUAUAGUGCCUUGGUUGAGGUCCAAGGAUGUGGGUCAAUGGUUACAGAGGAACAACCACAUGCAAUGCUGAUUCCAAUGGAGUAUUUUCUCAUGGGGUAUGGUUUGUAUAGACCCUGCUACUUCAGUGAAAGUCCAAGGAGUCCUCUUAGCCCAUCAUGCAUUUCUCCAGAGCUACUCUCUCCAGAAAGCAUGGGAUUGAAGCUUAAGCCUAUAAAGACCCGGGUUUCUGUUCCCCUUGAAGUUUGAUAUCCCUUUUUUUUUUGUUGUAAUUUUAAGCUUUUUUAUUUCCUUACUUGUAUCUUCUUUAUUUUUUACUUUUUUAAUUUUCAAGAGGGUUAGAGAAGAGAGAGUUGGAGGGAGUUGUAGAUAUAGAAAGAGAAGGGGUGUGUAAUGAAAUAUAGGUAGAUUUGCUUGCAUUCAUUUUGUAGUUAGUCAUAAAGGAAGCAUUGAGCUUUCUCACUGUAUUGACUCAUCAAUUGUUUAUUGACUCACUACUCAUUACUCAUGGGCAGCAAUAAUCUUAAGGGACACUUUGAUUUCAAAAAAGGUUUAAUUAAUGAUUUUGCUGUA